UCUCCCUUCGUCAUCAAUCAUCUUCCUCCAAUUCAACGACGAGGCAUGGGCAUCGUCAAAGACGCCAUAGUUUUACUCAUAUGGUAAUUCUCAGAAAUGGGAAAAGACUCAGAUUGUUUGCUUAUUACAGGUACUGUGACUUCACCUCCAAGUUGGGAAUAUAAAUCCAAGAACCCUUUUCCCCGCAUUGCUGUUGAUGGCUAACCUUGAAUUCUUUUCUUUGAUCCAACAUCACAAUGUCCCCCUACCCAGUACUCAACCCAACUUUAUCUCUUCCUCCCCCAAAUCCGGCACCGUGAUGCACCCGACCAACAAUGCCUUCACCAACCACCACCAUGGCCGAACAAUAUCUCAUCUGCACCGCCUGCGGCACCCAACACCCCACUACCGACCGCUCCUCCCUCAAGACCUGCUUCAUCUGCGACGACCCUCGCCAAUUCGUUCCUCCCUCGGGGCAAUCCUUCACCACCCUCUCUGACCUGCGUUCCUCCACAUCUCCCAAGUACAAGAAUGAGUUCCACCCAUACAAGUACUCCAGCCCACAGGAAAAGUUCGAGUCGUCAAAGUCAGACUCAAGCGGGGAGCCAAAGGAGGCAACGAUAGACGAGUUAAAGCAGGCAGAACUCAUCUCUAUCGUGACCACCCCCAAACUCGGCAUCGGCCAGCGCGCCAUCCUCGUCAAAACCCCCUCGGGAAAAAAGGUACUGUGGGACUGCGUGGCCUUUUUGGAUGAGGAGACAGUGAGCAAAAUCAAGCAGCUGGGAGGCGUUGAUGCGAUAGUGAUUAGCCAUCCGCACUUUUACACGACGCAUCUGGAGUGGGCAAGGGCUUUUGGUGAUUGUCCUGUUUAUUUGGCAGCGGAUGAUAAGAGGUGGAGGGCGAGAGUGGAUGAUGCUGUCCAAAGGGAGAUUACCGAGGAGGAAACGAGGAUUACGAACAAAAAGGGGGAGGAUUUGGGGGUUGUGGCUGUCAAGUUGGGUGGCCACUUUCCUGGUAGUUUGGUCCUCCACAUCCCUCACUCAGGCCAUCUGCUCACGGCAGACACAAUCUUCACCACUCCCUCUGGGCUGUCUAACUGGGAAGUGAAUGCCCUUGGAGAACCUCGCUCACGACCAAAAGACACCAACUCUUACUCGUUCAUGUGGAGCAUUCCCAACCUGAUCCCUCUGAGCGCAGGUGAGAUUGCGCGUAUGUGGGGGAUCUUGAAGAAGUAUGACUUCAAGAGUACUCACGGCUUGUUUCUAGGCCAGGACAUUGAGGAUGUUAAUGUCAAGAAGAGGGUGUUGGAGAGUGUUCGGAUUCAGCUGAGGAUGAUGGGUCUAAAGGAGCAUCCUGUCUACAGUGUAUAUAUCUGACGAGAGGGACGUCAGAGAGUUUCCAUGGUGAUGUUGGUGUUAGGAUUCAGAAAACAUGAUGAUGGUCCUAAUAGUGUUGCCCUGGGGACAAAAAUAUCAUUGCAAUCGUCAUCGCCA